GAUGACAGGAUGAUCUGAGUCCAUGUGCACAUGAAUGAUUUGUGUUUCCUCUCCAGAUCAAAGUGUGUGUGAGCUGAUGUGAGUUGAGCAGCAUGAAUCAGAGUGAGGACAGAGAGGAGGGAGUCCCUCCCUCUAAAAGCUCUCUGUGUGGGGAACAUGACAGCCAGACCAAAGCUCAGAGGAUCCAUCAGAGACCAGACCCUGCUGGACAUGGACCUGGACUAGAACCCAGUCACUCUUCAGUGUCCAUGAAGAGUGACUGGUCUAUGGUUCUUCCUAUAUCCUUCAAAGAUGGAUGUCAGUCUGUUGAUCAAAGAGUGGACCAGGAGAGCUCAGAGGUUCCCAGUGGUCAGUCUGCCCAGCAGCAUCAAACACACCUGGACUCCAUAUUUAUGCUGUUGGAGGAGAACAUUGUCACUUUUGUGAAGAACGAGCUGAAGAGGAUCCAGAAGGGUCUGAGUUCAGAUGACCCACAAUGCUUAGAGAGUCAGAGGGAGGAUGAGGAGGUGUUGGACGGUGAGGAUGAAGAGCAGAGGAGGAGCAGCAGAGAGUCAUUUCUGAAGAUCACACUACACUUCCUGAGGAGAAUGAAGCAGGAGGAGCUGGCUGACUGUCUGCAGAGCAGAAGUUAUUCUGGAGUUUGUCAGCGUGAACUUAAAUCUAACCUGAAGAAGAAGUUCCAGUGUGUGUUUGAGGGGAUUGCUAAAACAGGAAACCCAACCCUUCUGAACCAGAUCUACACAGAGCUCUACAUCACAGAGGGAGGGACUGCAGAGGUCAAUGAUGAACAUGAGGUCAGACAGAUUGAAACAGCAUCCAGGAAACCAGACAGACCAGAAACAACAAUCAGACAAGAAGACAUCUUUAAAGCCUCACCUGGAAGAGAUGAACCAAUCAGAACAGUGAUGACAAAGGGAGUGGCUGGCAUUGGGAAAACAGUCUUAACACAGAAGUUCACUCUGGACUGGGCUGAAGACAAAGCCAACCAGGACAUACAGUUCAUGUUUCCAUUCACUUUCAGAGAGCUGAAUGUGCUGAAAGAGAAACAGUUCAGCUUGGUGGAACUUGUUCAUCACUUCUUCACUGAAACCAAAGAAGCAGGAAUCUGCAGGUUUCAAGACUUCCAGGUUGUGUUCAUCUUUGACGGUCUGGAUGAGUGUCGACUUCCUCUGGACUUCCACAACACUGAGAUCCUGACUGAUGUUACAGAGUCCACCUCAGUGGAUGUGCUGCUGACAAACCUCAUCAGGGGGAAACUGCUUCCCUCUGCUCGCCUCUGGAUAACCACAAGACCUGCAGCAGCCAAUCAGAUCCCUCCUGACUGUGUUGACAUGGUGACAGAGGUCAGAGGGUUCACUGACCCACAGAAGGACGAGUACUUCAAGAAGAGAUUCAGAGAUGAGGAGCAGGCCAGCAGAAUCAUCUCCCACAUCAAGACAUCACGAAGCCUCCACAUCAUGUGCCACAUCCCAGUCUUCUGCUGGAUCUCUGCUACAGUUCUGGAGGAUCUGUUGAAGACCAGAGAGGGAGGAGAGCUGCCCAAGACCCUGACUGAGAUGUACAUCCACUUCCUGGUGGUUCAGUGCAAAGUGAAGAACAUCAAGUAUGAUGGAGGAGCUGAGACAGAUCCACACUGGAGUCCAGAGAGCAGGAAGAUGAUUGAGUCUCUGGGAAAACUGGCUUUUGAGCAGCUGCAGAAAGGAAACCUGAUCUUCUAUGAAUCAGACCUGACAGAGUGUGGCAUCGAUAUCAGAGCAGCCUCAGUGUACUCAGGAGUGUUCACACAGAUCUUUAAAGAGGAGAGAGGACUGUACCAGGACAAGGUGUUCUGCUUCGUCCAUCUGAGUGUUCAGGAGUUUCUGGCUGCUCUUCAUGUCCAUCUGACCUUCAUCAACUCUGGAGUCAAUCUGCUGUCAGAAGAACAACCAACAUCCAGGUGGUCUAAAGUCUUCAGAGACAAACCUGAACUAACACAUCUCUACCAGAGUGCUGUGGACAAGUCCUUACAGAGUCCAAAUGGACACCUGGACUUGUUCCUCCGCUUCCUCCUGGGACUUUCACUGCAGACCAAUCAGACUCUCCUACGAGGUCUGCUGACACAGACAGGAAGUGACUCAAAAACCAAUCAGGAAACAGUCGAGUACAUCAAGAAGAAGAUUGAAGAGACUCCCUCUGCAGAGAGAAGCAUCAACCUGUUCCACUGUCUGAAUGAACUGAAUGAUCGUUCUCUAGUGGAGCAGAUCCAACAGUCCCUGAGUUCAGGAAGUCUCUCCACAGAGAAACUCUCUCCUGCUCAGUGGUCAGCUCUGGUCUUCAUCUUACUGUCAUCAGACAAAGAUCUGGACGUGUUUGACCUGAAGAAAUUCUCUGCUUCAGAGGAGGCUCUUCUGAGGCUGCUGCCAGUGAUCAAAGCCUCCAAGAAAGCUCUACUGAGUGACUGUAACCUCUCAGAGAGAAGCUGUGAAGCUCUGUCCUCAGUUCUCAGCUCCCAGUCCUCUAGUCUGAAAGAUCUGGACCUGAGUAACAACGACCUGCAGGAUUCAGGAGUGAAGCUGCUGUCUGCUGGACUGGAGAGUCCACACUGUACACUGGAAAGUCUCAGGUCAGGAUCCAUGACCAUUCAGCUGAUGAGCAUUUAAAGACAGUAGACAGUUUCUUCUUUAUUUGACUGACGCAGCAGGACCCUCAGAUGAUCUUCCAUGUGUGUUGUUUUGUGUGUUUUCAGGCUGUCAGGCUGUCUGAUCACAGAGGAAGGCUGUACUUCUCUGGCCUCAGCUCUGAGCUCCAACCCCUCCCAUCUGAGAGAGCUGGACCUGAGCUACAAUCAUCCAGGAGACUCAGGAGUGAAGCUGCUGUCUGCUGGACUGGAGGAUCCACACUGGAGACUGGACACUCUCAGGGUGGAGCCUGCUGGAGUCCGAUGGUUGAGUCCAGGUCUGAGGAAGUAUUCCUGUGAACUCACAGUCGACACAAACACAGUAAACGAUAGGAUAGAACUGUCUGACAACAACAGGAAGAUGACAUGCUUGAAGGAGGUUCAGUCAUAUCCUGAUCAUCCAGACAGAUUUGACGGGAAUCUUCAGCUGCUGUGUAGAACUGGUCUGACUGGUCGCUGUUACUGGGAGGUCGAGUGGAGAGGAAGAGUUGAUGUAUCAGUGAGUUACAGAAGAAUCAGAAGGAAAGGAGCCAGUGAAUACGAUGAGUUUGGAAGGAAUGAUCAUUCCUGGAGUCUGAUCUGCUCUUAUGGUAGUUACUCUGUCUGGCACAAUAACAGAGAAACAGUCCUCCCCUCCCUCUGCUCUGCCUCUGGUAGAGUAGCAGUGUAUGUGGACUGUCCUGCUGGCUCUCUGUCCUUCUACAGAGUCUCCUCUGACACACUGAUCCACCUCCACACCUUCAACACCACAUUCACUGAACCUCUUUAUCCUGGGUUUGGGUUUGGGUACUGGUGGUUCAAUUUGCCUGGUUCUGGUUUUUCAGUGUCUCUGUGUGAUCUGUAGGACGGAGAGUCUCCUCCUGUUGGACAAACAUUGUCUCUGCUGAACAGAUCAGUUGAGUGUGUCCAGGAUCACACAGCUGAUGUUCUUUCUGUCCCACACCAUGUGUCCCUGGUUAGAUUCUCUCUCUACCCCCAUGUUUCCUGUCUGCGUCUCCUACAUGUCCGUAAAGACAAAAUGUCCAAAACAAAGACAGAAAAGCUGAAAUAAAAUGUGUCAUGAGCACAGAGCAUGAUGGGAUACAGAGUCAGUUAACAUUAGUUCAAGUCAUGGACAACAUUACUGUGGACUUUGUGUCACCGACAGUAAACUGCCCAAUCACACAACUUUGAUUUGUAUAUAAUCAUGAGAUGUAUGUUUAAAUACUAUAAUACUAUACUUUGGUACUUUUAAAUAAUUUGAGUCAUCGUGAAUCAUCAGAAGUUACUCAGGAAUAUUUGUGAUGCUUUGAUAAAGAUGUUGAUGAUGAAGAUGGAAACAAUACUACAAGUUGUUCAGAGCUACAGAGAGAGGUCAAAGGUCACGGGUUCACCACUGAUUCCUUUAUGACCAUGAACUAACCCCCACCUUUAAGUCUUCACAUGACUGAACCCACAUCCUCAGAACUUAUGAUCGGCCUUCAAACACCCUGACCUGUCUGAUCUGAUCCUGAGCUUUUCACUCUUUCUUUCGACAUUCAAACUUCAAACUUCACAGAAUGAGGAUUGAACCCGCUUCAUCCAAAUAUUCAAACAAACCUUCCACAUCCUGAGAUAUUUCCUCAGGCAGUCUGUACUGAUUCUAAGGAUUGUACCUGUGACCUUAAAAACCUCUGAGCACUGCCUGAUCAACCUGUGUUAUGAUUUCUGACAUGAUGAAUACUUUUACUUUUGAAAGCACCGUGUUUGUUAUGAGUUGUCGUAUAAUCAAGUUUAACAUCUUGAAAUUAUCUGACAUAAUUAAUGUAACUGAGAUAAUUAAGAAAUGGAUUAUAAUGUAAAGAAGGAAUAUUUAAGAGAAAUAAAAACAGUGAAUCUGA